GUUUGUUUUCGCUUCGGUCUCUCAGGAUAUUUUUACAGGAAGGAGAGAGAGGAGGCUGGAGUGGCCGAAUUAACGAGAAUUUGUUCAGAAGACAAAACUGGAUGGUCCUUGUAUAAGAGAAGAUUCAAUGAUGGAGACUGCCCAUGUUAAACAGGAGAGUCCUGUACUAGAAUCAGUCCAUGUUAAAGAGGAGAGUCCUGUACUAGAAUCAGUCAAUUUUAAAGAGGAGAGUCCAGUACUAGAAUCAGUCCAUAUUAAACAGGAGAGUCUUGUACUAGAAUCAGUCCAUAUUAAAGAGGAGAGUCCUGAACUAGAAUCAGUCCAUAUUAAAGAGGAGAAUCCUGAACUAGAAUCAGUCCAUAUUAAGGAGGAGAGUCCUGCAAUAGAAUCAGUUCAUAUUAAAGAGGAGAGUCCUGCACUGGAAUCAGUCCAUAUUAAAGAGAGCCCUGUACUAGAAUCAGUCCAUAUUAAAGAGGAGAGUCCUGUACUAGAAUCAGUCCAUAUUAAAGAGGAGAGUCCUGUACUAGAAUCAGUCCAUAUUAAGGAGGAGAGUCCUGCAAUAGAAUUAGUUCAUAUUAAAGAGGAGAGUCCUGCACUAGAAUCAGUCCAUAUUAAAGAGGAGAGCCCUGUACUAGAAUCAGUCCAUAUUAAACAGGAGAGUCCUGUACUAGAAUCAGUCCAUAUUAAAGAGGAGAGCCCUGUACUAGAAUCAGUCCAUAUUAAAGAGGAGAGUCCUGAACUAGAAUCAGUCCAUAUUAAAGAGGAGAGUUCUGUACUAGAAUCAGUCCAUAUUAAAAGGGUUAUUCUCAAUUCUAAACCCUUAAACAGCUUGCAGGGCUCUCUUAGCUGUGUUGACUGUGGGAAGAGGUUCAGUCUGUCAAGCGCUUUGAAAAGACACCAGAAAAUCCACACAGGAGAGAAGCCACAUCACUGUAAUGACUGUGGGAAGAGUUUCAGACGGUCAAGUAGCUUUCACAUACACCAGCGAAUCCACAGUGGAGAGAGGCCAUAUACCUGUGCUGACUGUGGGAAGAGUUUCAUACACUCACAAAGCCUGAAACUUCACCAACAAAUCCACACUGGAGAGAAACCACAUGUCUGUGCUGACUGUGGGAAGAGUUUCAGUCAGUCAAGCGCUUUGAAAAGACACCAGCGAAUCCACACAGGAGAGAAACCAUAUGUCUGUGCUGACUGUGGGAUGAGUUUCAAUCAGUCAGCCUGUUUGACAAAACACCAGCGAAUUCACAUUGGAGAGAAACCAUAUGUCUGUGCAGACUGUGGGAAGAGUUUCAAUCUUUCAAGCACAUUGAAAAGACACCAGCGAAUCCACACUGGAGAGAAACCAUAUGUCUGUGCUGACUGUGGGAUGAGUUUCAAUCAGUCAGGCUAUUUGACAAAACACCGGCGAACUCACAGAGGAGAGAAACCAUAUGUCUGUGCUGACUGUGGGAAGAGUUUCAAUCAGUUAAGUAUAUUGAAAAGACACCAGCGAACCCACACAGGAGAGAAACCAUAUGUCUGUGCUGAGUGUGGGAAGAGUUACAGAGAUUCACAAAACCUGAAACUUCACCAGAGAAUUCACACGUGAAAAAAAUUGCAUCCAUGUAGCAGAUGUGGGAAGAGUUUCAGUCAGUUAGCAUAUCUUAAAACCCACCAGUUAAUUCACACAGGAGAGAAGCCACAUCGCUGUAAUGACUGUGGGAAGAGUUUCAGACAGUCAAGCAACUUAAAAAUGCACCAACGAAUCCACACUGGAGAGAAACAACAUGUCUGUGCUGAUUGUGGGAAGAGUUUCAGGAUGUUACAAACCAUGAAACUUCACUGGCAAAUCCACACAGGAGAGAAACCUCAUCACUGUAAUGAUUGUGGGAAGAGUUUCAGAUGGAUGUACAGCUUGACAAUGCACCAGCUAUUCCACACAGGAGAGAAUCCUUAUCACUGCUCUCGCUGUAGGAAGUCUUUUAAUGCUUCCAGUUCUCUUAAAAGACACAAAUGCACGUUGUUAAAAUUUAGGCAGAAUGUGAGUGUGUGUUCAUUCAUCCACACUCAGAAAUUCCAGUCUUUUUAAACAGAAGCUUAAUAUAAAAACUGUGAGAGCUCUGGUGAAUGUCUACAGAUGAUACAGAUCCCUCAAUAUUAAACACUGCUCUGAAGCCUUUACAUUAUAAAGUACAUUCUUAGUAUGGUGAAUGUUUACAGAUGAUACAGAUUUAUUGAUAUUAAACAGUUAUCUGAAGCCGUUACAUUAUAAAGUUCAUUCCUAGUUUGCAAUUCGUCGAAUAUACAGACGUCUCGGAGCGUUGUGUGAUACGAGGUGAAGUCGAGUGCCUCCAACCCCUGAGAAGUCUGUAUAUUCAACGUAUAUGGUGUGGGAGAAAUUCAUAGUUGUAAUUGAAUUGUCUUUGUAAAAUGACAUUUCAAAUCUUAAACUGUGAGGCUUAAGAUGCUGUGAUGUUAAUUAAGUGUGUCUUCCCCCAACCUUCUCCCAUAACAUUCAAGAUCUGCUUCAAAGGACUGGAUAUUAGUAACAGAGGGUCGUAAAGAUUUAAAUUGGUUUCAGUUCAGAUUACCUGCCAGUCUGGUCUAAACAAACAGAGCUGAUUCUUAUCUGUUAAUUAAGAAAGUCUGUCUGAAAGCUAGGAUACAACUUUCUUGCUAUAAAGGGUUAAGAAGUGCGACACCUGGUGGAUACGAGGUGCCAUGACUUUACCCAUUAUAUGGAUUGUUACGGUGAAACAUGGAAUGUUUAAGUGAAUAGAAAUUCCUAAUUAUCUCAUUCUAAAAGUUAAUUGAUAAACAGGCCUUCACGAGGGUGUAAUAUUAACUUGUGGAACAAUCUCAGGGUUUUAGAUUUACUGAAACUAUCAGAUUGAAACGUAACAAAUAAGUAAUAACAUACCUGAUUUAAAUGGGUUUCUGAAUCAUUUUAAUAACAAAUGUUGUGGUUUCCUAAUAUAUUAAAAUGUUUAUUGUGUUUUAAUGAAGUUUAAAUUGAAAGUAAUUCUUACAUUAUUUUACUUUACUUAUUGUAUAACAUGUUUAACAUUAGUAUCCUUCUAUGAUCAAUUUAACUAGCUGUCACAAAAUGAAGUUUUGUUCUAUAAAUGUUACGAAUCCUGUUCUCUCUCUCUCUCUCUCUCUCUCUAUCUCUCUCUUUCUCUCCAUGGAGGAGGGUUGCUCCCUGUGUUCAUUCAAACUUUGUAGGCCAAUGAAAGGACUGAUUUCGGUCAGGGAUUAGCUUCCUGUUUUACCCGGAAGUGAUUGGAUCUCCAAAGUAUACUCCUCUUUGGGCUCUAUAUUUAAAUCAAAACAUGCAUGAACUCGUUCUCUUGGAUUCAGACUCAUUUUGCCAUGAAGUAACCAUUGAGCCUUCGCUUGCAAUGGGGACCCAUUCAAGCAUCGUACAUAUCUUCAUCCUGAAGAAGACUCCUCACCGCUACACCCUUUGUUUUUCAACAAGAACCACAUCUCCAGAAUAAGUACUACAUUUGAAAGACAUUAAGAUUCAGUAAAAUACUAUGUUUGUGUAGAAAAGUCUACAUGCAAACCACAAGUAAAAACAUUGAAUACAGAAUAACACUUUGUGAGAUUAAACAUUGAUUGAGUUGAUCUACAAGUUCUGAAGUAACUCUAGAUUACAGCUUCAUACUAAAUGCAAUUGAAACUGCUUCCGAACUGAACUUGUUGAAACAAAAAUGGCGUCUUCAUUCGAACCCACACAACAGACGCUGCUUCUCCCCGUCACUGUGUGUAAUGUGCGUGAAUCCUGCGUGUACGGAAACACACUGAAGACAGCGUGCUCAUGAAAAUAUGUGUUUCAAUGUUUUAUUCCUGCUAUACUUAUAAUUCUGAUACCUUGAUUUCUAACUUCUGUAUUAUAACUUUUAUAUUCUUAUUACUUUUGUGAGUCUUAAUAAAUGUAAUCAUUUUUA